GCUGCCGCGGGCUGGGCCGGCUGGAGCCGCACGAAGCGCUUCGUCCAUUUCCGCCCGGAGCCCGAGACGAGCCGCCCCGGCGGGCUGCAGCCGAGCUCGCCCCGCACCGCCCCGCACCGCGCCGCCCCGGAGCAGCCAUGAGCCGCAGGGUGGUGCGCCAGAGUAAGUUCCGGCACGUCUUCGGGCAGCCGGUGAAGGCCGACCAGAUGUACGAGGACAUCCGGGUGUCCAAGGUGACAUGGGACAGCUCCUUCUGCGCUGUCAACCCCAAGUUCGUGGCCAUCAUCGUGGAGUCCGGCGGCGGAGGGGCCUUCAUGGUGCUGCCCUUGGCCAAGACAGGGCGCGUGGAUAAGAACCAUCCCCUGGUGACCGGGCACACGGCACCCGUGCUGGACAUCGACUGGUGCCCUCACAAUGACAACGUCAUCGCCAGUGCCUCCGAGGACACCACGGUCAUGGUCUGGCAGAUCCCCGACUAUGUGCCCAUGCGGAACAUCACGGAGCCCAUCGUCACACUGGAGGGGCACUCCAAGAGAGUGGGCAUCAUCACGUGGCACCCCACGGCUCGCAAUGUGCUGCUCAGCGCAGGCGGAGACAACCUGCUGAUCCUGUGGAACGUGGGCACGGGCGAGAUGCUGCUGACGCUGGACGACAUGCAUGGCGACCUCAUCUACAACGUGGGCUGGAACCGCACCGGCAGCCUGCUCGUCACCACCUGCAAGGACAAGCACGUGCGCAUCAUCGACCCCCGCAAGCAGCAGGUGGUGGCGGAGAGGUUUGCCCCCCACGAAGGAAUGAGGCCCAUGCGGGCUGUCUUCACACGGGAAGGACACAUCUUUACCACGGGCUUUACCCGCAUGAGUCAGCGGGAGCUGGGCUUGUGGGACCCGAAGAACUUCGAGGAGCCGAUUGCGCUGCAGGAGAUGGACACCAGCAAUGGGGUGCUGCUCCCCUUCUAUGACCCCGACUCCAGCAUCGUCUACCUGUGCGGCAAGGGCGACAGUAGCAUCCGCUACUUCGAGAUCACGGCCGAGGCGCCCUACGUGCACUAUCUGAGUACCUACAGCAGCAAGGAGCCGCAGCGCGGCAUGGGCUUCAUGCCCAAGCGGGGCCUGGACGUCAGCAAGUGCGAGAUUGCCAGGUUCUUCAAGCUGCACGAGCGGAAGUGCGAGCCCAUCGUCAUGACAGUGCCGCGGAAGUCAGACCUGUUCCAGGACGACCUGUACCCCGACACGCCCGGCCCCGAGCCGGCUCUGGAGGCGGCCGAGUGGCUGGCGGGGAAGGACGCGGCGCCCAUCCUCGUCUCGCUGCGGGAUGGCUACACGCCUGUCAAAAACCGCGAGCUCAAGGUCACCAGGAAGAACAUCCUGGACAACAAACCUCCCGUGGGGCCGUGCCGCAGCCACUCCACCUGCGACGCCAAUUUCUCACGGCCCAGUCUGGAGGAUCUGCUGGAGGAGAUCCGAUCCCUGCGACACGCCGUACAAGCGCAGGAGAAGCGCAUCUCUGACCUGGAGAACAAACUCUGCAAAUUCACCAACGGCACGGCCUAGCGGCCCCUGUGCCAUGGCCGUCACGCCGGGCUGGGCGGGCAGGGCGCCAGCCCCCAGCGGGCCCAGCCUUACUUAAAGGAUUAAAACCAACCCCCCAGAGGA